AUGUCGGACAAGGCCAACCAAAACGAUGUACCCAUGCAAGGGCAAGGUGCUUACAGCUCCCAUGCUGCACUCCAGCACCAGGCGAUGCUCAAAGCCCUGCCUCUCUUCGAGAAAGCUGCAAAGACUGUAGUGGGCCAUGGCGGUGAUCAUACAGCCAUUGUUGAAUAUGGAUCUGCCCAUGGCAAUAACUCGUUGGAACCAAUUCAAGCUAUCCUUAGAGCAAUUCCCACCCGUCAAGUGGAGCUGCUCUUCAGCGAUCGCCCAGAGAACGACUUUAGUACUCUGUCUACUACCAUUACAUCAUGGGCCGAUGCAUUGGACAAGACUGAAUUCUCUCAUCCCUUGUUUUUGAGCAUGAUACCUCGCAACUUUUACCAGAAAGUCGUUCCCCCUCAAUCAGCACAUCUCGGCUUUUCACUUGCCGCUCUGCACCAUCUUGACCACGUUCCCUCUCCUACUGGAGUUCAAUCGGAAGAUGAUCAGCUCCUCCAGAAACAGGCUCAUCUCGAUCUCUCUACCUUUUUGGAACUUCGUGCGCAGGAAAUCAUCUCGCGUGGAUCACUUGUUCUCUCAUUCGUUGGCCAGGCAUCUGCUGGAUACGAGAACUACAGUGGACCUGUCGACGCGUGCCGCAAUGCAAUGAUCGAAAUGGUUCAGCAAGGAAUUAUUCCUGUUUCAGUAGCCGGGGCUUUUCGCGUCCCGACGUACAACCGAACUUUGGAAGAUGUGAGAAAGGUCCUAGACGAGAUGAGCAACGUUUGGGACGUUGAUGAUCUGUUCGAGGCCGAUAUCGCUCAUCCGGCCAUCCACGAUUUAAAAAAGGGGCAAGCCAAGGAUGAAGAUGCCAGUCGAGAGUACGCUAGCAUCGUCAUUGAUUGGAUGAUGGCUGUUUGCUCUGGUUACUUUCUCAAGGCUCUCAAAGUCGGUAAUGAAGGGCGCUACAGUGAAGGAGAGGAAAAGAAACUUCUUAAUGAUUGGGUUGCUAGGACCAAGGAAUUAUUCAUUCGGGAUCACAAGGAUGAGGAGGUUGUUUGUUCAUUUGUCUAUGUUUAUUUGUCCAAGGUUUAG